CAUAUAUACACACACAGAGUAUAACGGCUAUAUACUAUAUUUCCAAGUCCAACCAAAUUAACGUUCCUUAUAUAUAUAGCUUUCAUUUGAUCAGUCAACUUUUCUCCUGUUUCGUAUCUUUAUCAGUAAACCAGUAUAUACGACAGACGUACGAGCAAGAGAGAUCACAGAAUUAGGUCGAGGCUGCAUCAUCAUCAAGAGUGUUGUGUCGUAUAUAAAUAUAUAGUUCUUCUUGAUUUCUGCUAGCAAUUAAUAUAUAUACAAAUACACGUUGGAGAUUAAUUAUGUUGUUCAUGAGAUCUUCACCAAUGGUGAUAGCGGAUGUGCUGAUCAGUGGGUUACUGCUGAUGGAGAUGACGAUAGUGGGGCUAGGGUUCAGGUUCGGAGGAGCGGAUGGCCUGAGGAUGGACUACUACCUCAUGACUUGCCCCUUUGCCGAGCAGAUUGUCAAGACCACCGUCAAUUCAGCCCUUCAGGAGGACCCCACCCUCGCAGCUGGUCUCAUCAGGAUGCAUUUCCAUGACUGCUUCAUCGAGGGUUGCGACGGAUCAGUCCUCAUCAACUCCACCAAGGACAACACGGCCGAGAGGGACUCCCCAGCCAACUUGAGCUUGCGGGGCUAUGAGAUUAUAGAUGACGCCAAGGAGGAGAUCGAACAGCAGUGCCCUGGCGUCGUCUCCUGCGCUGACAUCGUCGCAAUGGCUGCUAGGGAUGCCGUAUUCUGGGCAGGGGGUCCAGUAUAUGACAUUCCGAAAGGAAGAAAGGACGGGAGGAGAUCGAGGAUAGAGGACACUAUAAACCUGCCGGCCCCCACUUUGAACGCUUCUCAGCUCAUCGACAUGUUCGGCAAGCGUGGCUUCACUGCCCAAGAGAUGGUUGCUCUAUCUGGGGCCCACACGCUGGGGGUGGCGAGGUGCUCAUCAUUCAAGCAGAGGCUGAAUGAUGCCGAUCCGUCCAUGGACGCAAGCUUCGCAAAGACGCUGUCGAGGACUUGCAGUGGCGGGGACAACGCAGAGCAGCCACUGGACCCCACGAGGACGACCUUCGACAAUGCUUACUACUGGGCGCUGCAGGCGAAAGCAGGUGUUCUUUUCUCGGACCAGUCACUGUUCACGGGUCCCCGGACAAGUGGGGUGGUGAAUGGCUACGCCAUGAACCAGGCGAUGUUCUUCUUCGACUUCCAGCGGGCCAUGAUCAAGAUGGGCAACCUAGACGUCAAGGAAGGCUCCAAGGGUGAAGUCCGCUCCAACUGCCACCGUGUCAACUAGCAAGCUAGCUAGGCUGGCUAGCUAGUGAGCCACUAGUAUUUUCAAAGUCAUUACGUACAGUACAACAAUAUAUAUAUAUGAUGCACACAAUAAUCUACUUAAACCUCUAUGUAUAUAUUCGUGUAUAUUCAUGUUUAUGGUUUCGGUAGUUGACCAUCUAUAGUUAUAAUUAAUAAUGCACUUAACAGAGUCCGAGCUAGCAGGGAUUGGGGGGAACUGAAGAGAAGACUAGUUUUCUGCCAUAUAUAUAUGUGUGUGUGUGUGUAAAAGAAGGUCUUGAUCACAUAUAUGUUGAUGAUGCUAUCUACGCAAACUAUUGUUCUACGGUUCCUGUCCAUAUCGGGACCUAUAUAAUCUUUUUUUUU